UCAGCUCACUUCCUCAUAAGUUUGUCGCAGCUUGGAGCCUUUCUUUCUCCGCGUUUUAAACCUUUCACCUGAUUAACUUUUUAAAGGUUUAAGUGUUUUAUAAACACUUUAACCUCAGUUUUUUCCCUUACAUUUAUACUUGUAUUACUUUAUACCGUAUGGACGCAUUUUAAUCACGGAAUAGAUACGAUAAGGUCUCCAGUCUACUAUGGAUGAGGAGAGAGAAGAGGGGGGUCCUACCUCUAAGACCACUCUGUCUGGGGAACAUGGCCGCCGGAGCAAAGCUAAGAGCCCAGAGAAGCAGGAGAGAACAGACCCCCCUGGACCCAGCUGUGUCUCCAUGAAGAGUGGCUGGUCUAUGGAUCCACCUGUUAGUUUUAAAGAUGGAAAUCAGUCUAUCAAGAAGAGUAGAGUCCAGCAGGAGAGAGCAGACUCCCCUGGACCCAGCUGUGUCUCCAUGAAGAGUGGCUGGUCUAUGGAUAUACCAUUGGUGUUUAAAGAUGGACGUCCCUCCAGAGAGGAGAGCCCAGAGCAGCAGCAGAGAACAGACUCCCCUGGACCCAGCUGUGUCUCCAUGAAGAGUGACCACUCAAUGGAUCUACCAUGGGACUUUAAAGAUGGACGCCCCUCCAGCGAGGAGAGACACCAGAUGACGUCAAAGGUUACCAGUGCUCAGUCUCUACAGCAACAUCAAACAGAGCUGAUCAAGAGGGCUGAGGAGAACGCACACGCUUUUCUAGACAAGGAGCUGAAGAAGCUCUGGAGGGAUCUCUUCUCAGAUUACCCACAAUGCUCAGAGGGUCAGAGGGAGGAGGAGGAGGAGGUGGAUGAUAAGAAGGAGGAGCAGAGGAGGCGCGCCAUAGAGGGAGUGGUGGACAUCACAAUCCUCUGCCUGAUGGAAAUGAACCAGGAGGAACUGGCUGACAAACUGUGGGGCGGAGCUGCUGCUGUCGAGUGCCAACAUAAAAUCAAGUCUCAUUUGAGGAAGAAGUUCUGGUGUGUGUUUGAGGGAAUCGCUAAAGCAGGUCAUUCAACACCUCUGAAUGAGUUCUACACAGAGAUCUUCAUCACAGAGAGAGGCAGUGGAGAGGUCAACAAGGAACAUGAGGUCAGACUGAUUGAAACCGCUUCCAGGAAACCAGCCAAGGAAGGAACACCAAUCAAAUGUGCCGACCUCUUUAAACCCUUACCUGGACACGAUCAACCAAUCAGGACAAUGAUGACAACUGGAGUGGCCGGUAUUGGUAAAACCAUCUUAACACACAAGUUCAUCCUGGACUGGGCUGAAGAACAAGCCAAUCACGACAUACACUUUACAUUUCUCCUCACUUUCAGAGAGCUGAAUUUACUGAAAGGGGAACAAUUUAGCUUGGUGGAACUUCUUCAUCACUUCUUUAUUGAGACCAAAGAAGCAGGAAUCUGCAGAUACGACCGGUUCCAAGUUGUCUUCAUCUUGGAUGGACUGGAUGAGUGUCGACUUCCUCUGGACUUCCAGAACAACAAUAUAUGGAAUGAUGUCACAAAGUCCACCUCGGUGGACAUGCUGCUGACAAACCUCAUAAGGGGCCACCUGCUUCCCUCUGCUUGCGUCUGGAUAACCACACGCCCUGCGGCAGCCAAUAAGAUCCCUGCUCAGUGUGUUGACAUGGUGACAGAGGUGAGAGGGUUCACCGACCAACAGAAGGAGGACUACUUCAGGAAGAGAUUCAAAGAUGAGACGCUGGCCAGCACAAUCAUCACCCACGUCAAGAAAUCACGAAGCCUCCACAUCAUGUGUCACAUCCCAGUAUUCUGUUGGAUCACUGUUACAGUCCUGGAGGACUUCUUCAAAACAUCCCAGAUAGGAGAAGAAACGCCCAAGACUGUGACUCAGAUGUACAGCCACUUCCUGAGGGUUCAGUCCAUACAGGGGGACAGGAAGUACCAUGGGAGGGAUGAAAAGGAUCCAGACUGGAGCUCAGAGAGCAGGGAGAUCAUUGUUUCUCUCGGAAAACUUGCUUUUAACCAGCUGGAGAAAGGCAACCUGAUCUUCUACGAGGCAGACCUGGUAGAGUGUGACAUUGAUAUCAGAGCAGCCUCAGUGUACUCAGGAGUGUUCACCCAGAUCUUUAAAGAGGAGUGUGGGCUGUACCAGGGCAAGGUGUUCUGCUUUGUCCAUCUGAGCCUCCAGGAGUUUCUGGCUGCUCUUUAUGUCUUUUGGUCCUUCAUCCACGAUGGUGUCAAUCUGCUCUCAGAAGAACCACCAACCUCCAGUGAAGAUGAACUCCUCCUCUACCAGAGUGCUGUGGACAAGGCCUUACAGAGUGAGAACGGACACCUGGACUUGUUCCUCCGCUUCCUCCUGGGCCUCUCUCUGGAGACCAAUCAGAUUCUCCUACGAGGUCUGCUAGGACAGACAAGAAGUAGCUCACAGACCAACAAGGGACCAGUGUCUUACAUCAAGCAUAAGUUAGAUGGUAAUCUCUCUCCAGAGAGAAGCAUCAAUCUGUUUCACUGUCUGAAUGAGCUGAACGACCGUUCUCUAGUGGAGGAGAUCCAACAGUCCCUGACAUCAGGAAGUCUAUUCGAAACGCAUGUCUCUCCUGCUCAGUGGUCAGCUCUGGUCUUCAUCUUACUGACAUCAGAAGAGGAGCUGGACAUGUUUGACCUGAAGAAAUACGAAGCUUCAGAGGAGGGUCUUCUGAUGCUCCUGCCAGUGAUCAAAGCCUCCAAAAGAUCACUGCUGAAUGGCUGUAAUCUGACAGAGGGAUGCUGUGAAGCUCUGGCCUCAGUUCUCAGCUCCAACUCCUGUAGUCUGAAAGGGCUGGACCUGAGUACCAAUUAUCUGCAGGAUUCAGGAGUGAAGCUGCUCUCUGCUGGACUGGGGAGUCCACACUGUACACUGGAAACUCUCAGGUCAGUUUCACUCAAUAUCUCAAACAGUUACACCACAAGUUCUACAUCAGGGGACAUUGAGCAGAUUUCCUGGACUGGGCUGAAGAACAAGCCAACCACGACAUACACUUUACAUUUCUCCUCACUUUCAGAGAGCUGAAUUUACUGAAAGGGGAACAAUUUAGCUUGGUGGAACUACUUCAUCCAGGGCUCUACAGUGCGCCCAUUUCACUCGCAUUUGCGAGUGUGCGUUCACACCAAACGCGAAGGGGCGAAACGAUUCCAUACAAAGCAGCGAUUCCAUUUGCAUCGCGACACUUUUGCCCGGCACUGGCGAGCGCGUUCACGUGGAUUUCAGGUGGAUUUGCAGCACGCCACUUUUGCUCGAGUUGAAACUUUGCCGCGACAUUCGCGUGAUGACAGCCAAUCAGCGUUCAACAGCGUGGCCACUGAGUGACGUGUCUAACGUAACAGCCAAUCAGUUUUCAACCUGCCAACCGUUCCCUGCAGUGCAGUCCGGGGUGAACCGCAGCAUGGAGGAGAAAGUGAUUGUUGCCGUUUGAGACUCCCCGAGCUCUAUAUAGAAUAGUAUAUAAUAUAUUAUAAUUGUAUUGUAUAUAUAAUAUCACAGCCAAAAGCUCUGUGCGCCUCCGGAUGGCCGUAGCGCGGGGAGCGCUACGGGAGGGUUUAGCGGGUUUGUUUACCUACGUUGCUAUGGUUACCAGUCUUGUGUGUCCCAACGGUUUAUUAGGUAUCUAAAUCGCUGUCUAAUCAUACUUCAUUCACUGCCUUUUCCGUGGUCAUUACAAUAUUAUGAAUAGACUGCGUGGAGAAAGUUAAUGCUGUUACUGUAGUCGAUAAAGUCUACAAAUUCAACCCCCGACUGGUUGAAGGAUUUCGGGUGGCUAGUUUAUGAUGCCAAGUCUGUACAUUUUGUAAGGAAGCCCCAUCGGCAAUGGCAGGCUCCUCUCUGUUCAUAAUGGGGAACCCUAAUCUGAAACGCGAUGCUGUGGUGAAACACAUCGAGUCCACUAGGCAUUCUCGCUGUCCCGAUUUCUAUAUAAAUCGAACCCAGUCCCAGCCCAAUAACCCUGGUACGGUGGAAGCCGAAAUUGGUGCUGUUUUGUGUAGCCUAAAUGUCAUCUCCCUAUUUAUUAGUCUUAAUUUUGCUUUAGUAAAUUGGUGCUGUUGGUGUGUGCAAUUUCUGCAGGCUGAUAAAUGUUCUAAACAAAAACCUAUUGUGCUCCUACAUUUUUUAACUUGGGGGCACGAGUGCUCCUGAAAAAAAGUGAAAAAUCCUCCAUUAAGUUUAAAGUAAAAGAUGUGGGUCAUUCUAAUCACAGUCCCUAACAUAUUGUGUUAUGUGUGUGCAGGCUGAAUGGCUGUCGUCUGUCAGAGAGAUGCUGUGAAGCUCUGGCCUCAGUU